AUGGACACCACUAGGAAGGUGAAGAAAGAUGUUGGAGGGAGAAAGAAAGGAGGCCUAAAGAAAAAACCGGUUUCAAGGUCAAUGAAGGCUGGUCUCCAAUUCCCCGUCGGGAGGAUUGGACGUUACCUUAAGAAAGGAAGGUACGCUAAGCGUGUUGGUACUAGUGCUUCUGUUUACAUGGCCGCUACUCUCGAAUAUCUGGUUGCUCAAGUUCUUGAGUUGUCUGGGAAUGCUGCUCUUGACAAUAUGAAGAAACGGAUUAGUCCGAGGCACAUUAUGCUGGCAGUUAGGAACGAUGAAGAGCUGGGGAAAUUGUUGGAUGGGGUCACCAUUGCUUAUGGUGGUGUUGUCCAUAAAAUCAACCCAACGCUGCUGUUUGAGUAG